AUGCACAGUCCCAUCCCAGGCCUGGGCAGGGUGAUGGUGUUCCUGGCAGCAGCCCUGGCGUCUGCCUCCCUCGCUGUUCCCGAGGGCUGGGGAGAGGAAGGUGUGCAGUACGGACAGGUGGGGACAGAUGUGACCCUGUUGUGUGCCGGUGCCCGUGACAGCUCGCAGGUGCAAUGGAGACGGGCAGGUGCUGCAGCCCUGCCAGAGGGCUCGGCCAUCCGGGAGGGAGCCCUGGUGCUGCCCCGUGCCAGCCUGGCCGCCGCGGGAACCUACAGCUGCCACGCUUUCCAUGGCAGGAAGAAGUCGCUGACGGGUGAAGAGAGGCGGAGGAACAAGAGCGGGCACAUGGGGCCAUGCCUGCAGGAUCCGUCCCAGCCCGGCACCUGCACUGUCCAUGGGUCAGAGUUCUGGAGCUCCUACCGCCUGAACAUCACUGAGGUGAACCCACUGGGCUCCAGCUUCCGUCUCCUUGACAUCACCAUGCAGGCCAUCAUUAAGCCAGACCCUCCAGAGGGCUUGGUGGUGGAGCCCAUCCCCCUGGCCCCACGGCGGCUCCUUGUGAGCUGGAAGUACCCUUCCUCUUGGCCCAAGGAGCCCCACUUCCAGCUCAGGUUCCGGCUCCAGUACCGGCCAGUCAUCCACCGCUCCUGGUCUGUGGUGGAGACAGUAAACCUCUCUGAGGUGAUCACGGAUGCCUUUGCUGGGCUGGAGCACGUGGUCCAGGUCAGUGCCAAGGAUUUCCUGGAUGCAGGGAACUGGAGCGAGUGGAGUGUGGAGGCCCGGGCGACACCGGUCAGAGAUCCAGCCACCAUGGCAAUAGAAGAAACCACUACAGACACCAGCCUGGAGAGCCUGGCUGAGGAGCCCUCCCAGGCUCCCAACCCUGAGCCCAUCAACCGCAGCGAACCCCUGGAGAAGACAGCCAUCCUGGUGUCCCUCGGGAUCUUCGCCUUCUUCGUACUGGCUGCUGCUCUUGUCAUCACCAUCCUCAUCUGGCUCCGUGCAAGGAAACACAGCAAGGAUGAGACCAAACCCCACAACUUCUUGGUUGCUGCCACCCACUUGAAGGCGAGGCCAACAGAGGCUCAGAUCCUGUAG